UUUACGUAACCGUACUUGAGAGUUCGAACUCAGCUUCGAGAAUCUGGAAGAAUUCCACGUGCUGUUUGAUUUCUUAUCAACAUGGCUGCCGCUUCUUCUUCGCGUUCUCUUUUCAAACUGCUGCUGCCGCUGCUGAGGGAGCCGUUUCGCUGCAGGACCUCUGGUGUCACACGCACAGCGGUCCGUGCGUUCUCCCGACCGGCCCCGGCAGGUGGUUCCGUGCCGCACCGAGCAGAGGGCACCGGGGCUGUGAGCGGUGACGUGACCGGGACUCGAUCCGGGGCUCUGACAGGGGCCGUGGACCGGUUCGGGGGCGUCACGGUGCAGCUGAGUGACGCCGGUUUACCCGCAGACAUCAGCGAGAGUGUGUUCAGCGACUUACUGCGAGAUGCUUUGGUGCGGUGGAAAGCCGAGGGGAAGGUGGCCGUGUGGCUCAGAGUCCCCAUCUCGCUGAGUCGAUGUGCGGCCGCCGCCUCUACUCACGGCUUCACGUUCCACCACGCCCGACACGACCACGCCGUCCUGGCCCUCUGGAUCGGAGAGGGCCAGAGCAGACUGCCGGGGUUUGCAACGCACCAAAUUGGAGUGGCAGGUGCAGUAGUGGACGAGUCCAAUGGAAAAGUUCUGGUCGUCCAAGACAGAAAUAAGACGAAGAACGCGUGGAAGUUUCCCGGUGGUUUGUCGGAUCCGGGAGAAAAUAUCGGUGCCACUGCUGUACGUGAAGUAUUCGAGGAAACCGGCGUGCGCUCCGAGUUCAGAUCUCUGCUCAGCCUCCGGCAGCAGCACAACCAUCCCGGCGCCUUCGGCAUGUCGGACAUGUACAUCAUCUGCCGACUCAGCCCGCUCACGUACGACAUCAACUUCUGCACUCAGGAGUGUCUGCGCUGCGAAUGGCUGGACCUCACCGAGCUGGCCAAGACCAGCGACACCACGCCCAUAACGGCUCGCCUGGCCCGGCUGCUGCUGCACGGGCUCGAGCGCGGCUUCGACGCCAUCGACCUCAGCGUGGAGGAGCUCCCGGCCGUCUACUCUGGGAUGUUCUACCAGCUCUACCACAGGCCCAUUCCUCAGACACUGAAAUCCUAGCACGCCAUCAUCAAACUGGGUCAUGGAGGAUCACGAGAAGCUAUGUUGACACACGGGUUUGUCAGUAUUAAUCAUGUUUAAAGUGUAUUUAUGACUGGAGUGUUUUGACUGUUGAAGAAAUACGGUGCAAUAGACUGAUCUACAGCACUUUGUGCGUUUUAAAGAGUCUCACACGGUUCAUCUCACAUUGGACCCACACCACUGUUACCUCUUGUUUAUACAUUAUUCUCCUGUGAAAUUAACCUUCAGGGCAUUUUACACACUUCUCUAAUUAUACAAGGACAAAUCAGGGAAUGUUGUUUUACCAUGAUAUUAAGACAAACCCAUUAAGACACUGAAUAUUGUAGAAAAGAAGUUUGCAAGGUUCCUAAUGGGUUUUGAUUUGUAGCGUUUGCUGUGUUUAGGUUUGUCAAAUAAAAUGUUAGAAAAUU